UAGUUGGUGUCGGUGUGUAAGGAACAGAGGGGAACUACAAGUCCCGGCAGGCCUCUCGGUACCGGCUUUUCUAGGCGCGCUGGUGGCGAAGGCACAGUUUCCUGGAAUUUGGGUUCCGGGCUGCGCGGGGCAGCUUCCCUAUCCCCUGGGUCUGGGGACAUGGCCAGAAAAGCUCUCAAGCUUGCUUCGUGGACCAGCGUGGCUCUUGCUGCCUCUGGUGUCUACCUCUACAGUAACAACUACUUGGACCCCAAUGACUUUGGCGCCGUCAGGGUGGGCAGAGCUGUUGCUACGACAGCUGUCAUCAGCUAUGAUUACCUCACCUCCUUGAGGAGUGUCCCAUAUGGCUCAGAGGAGUAUUUACAGCGUCGAUCCCAGGUGCAUCUCCGCUCUGCCAGGCGUCUCUGUGAGCUCUGCUGUGCCAACCGGGGCACUUUCAUCAAGGUGGGCCAGCACCUGGGGGCGCUAGACUACCUGCUGCCAGAAGAAUACACCAGCACGCUGAAGGUGUUGCACAGCCAGGCCCCACAGAGCAGCAUGCAAGAGGUCCGCCAGGUCAUCCGAGAGGACCUGGGCAAGGAGAUCCAUGAUUUGUUCCUGAGCUUCGAUGACACCCCUCUCGGGGCAGCCUCCCUGGCCCAGGUCCACAAGGCGGUGUUGCAUGAUGGUCGGACAGUGGCAGUUAAGGUCCAGCAUCCGAAGGUUCAGGCUCAAAGCUCUAAGGACAUUCUCCUGAUGGAGGUGCUCGUCCUGGCUGUGAAGCAACUUUUCCCAGAUUUUGAAUUCAUGUGGCUGGUGGAUGAAGCCAAGAAAAACCUGCCUCUCGAGUUGGACUUCCUAAAUGAAGGGAGGAACGCCGAGAAAGUGGCUCACAUGCUCAAGCACUUUGACUUCCUAAAGAUCUCCUGCCUCCUGGGCAAGAUGUACAGUGAGAUGAUCUUUGUCAAUGGCUUCGUGCACUGUGACCCCCACCCAGGCAACGUGCUGGUGCGGAAGCGUCCUGAUACGGGCAAGGCUGAGAUUGCCCUCUUGGACCAUGGGCUUUACCAGGUUCUCACGGAGGAGUUCCGCCUGGACUACUGCCAUCUGUGGCAGUCUCUGAUCUGGACUGACAUGGACAGGGUGAAACAGUACAGCCAGCGCCUGGGAGCUGCAGACCUCUACCCACUGUUUGCCUGUAUGCUGACAGCCCGGUCCUGGGACUCAGUCAAACGGGGCAUUGGGCAAGCUCCAGUCUCUGCUACUGAGGACUCAGAGAUUCGAGAUAAUGCGGCCUGCUACCUGCCUGAGAUCAGCCAGCUCCUUAACCAUGUGCCUCGCCAGAUGCUGCUCAUCCUGAAGACCAAUGAUCUACUCCGCAGCAUUGAGACCACGCUGGGCACACGCUCCAGCGCCAGUUCCUUCCUCAACAUGUCUCGGUGUUGUAUCAGGGCGCUGGCUGAGCACAGGAAGAGGGAUGCUGGCUCAUUCUUCAGAAGGACUCAGAUAUCUUUCAGUGAGGCCUUUAGCCUGUGGCAGAUCAACCUUCAUGAACUUCUGCUUCGAGUGAAGGCCUUGAAGCUAGCUUGCUGGGUCUCCGCUCUCCUGGGCUGGCUGACACGGGCUCCACACUGAAUGUGACUGUCUUUCCCUGCCCCUUCCUAGUGUCUUUCCAUACUUCAUUCUUUCCUUCACACUGGGACUACUCACUGACCCAUAUCUGCCUAGGGUUGGCCUGUGGUCCCAGAGUGGUUAUCCAUGGCACCAUCAAGCUCUGCCACUGGAGUUCCUGCCUUGUGGUGGCCUUGUCUUGGGGUCCUGGAGAGUGAGCUGCUUUUGUCUAGGGAGGGGAGAAGGCAACCCCUCUCCCAUCUCUGGUAUGUGCCAUUGACUUGGUCAUCCCUACUUUUGUGAGGAUUGUGAGAAUGGACCAACCACAGGUGUCCCGGGGCAUGUUUAACUUGGAGGGAAUAAGUGGAGUCUUAGAACUUGCUGAGAACAGACUUUAUAUUCUUGCCGUCUCACUCACAAAGGUGUCCCAGCUCAGGGAGGAAGGCUGCAUCUGAGAGGGAAUGAUACAGCUGUGGGUUCAUACUGCCAUGGUGACACACCUUCAGUGUUGUAUGUAUUAUAUGUAUUGUUUAUUGUAAUAAACCCUUUCAAGGUUGCA